AGAGAGAGAGAGAGAGAGUGAAAGGAAAAAAAGCCAAUAACCUUCAAAAAGUUUGAAUCGUUUGGAUAAACCGGUUAACAAAAGGAGGUGCAUUUUGCACGCUUUUGUUUACAAUUCUAUACUUUAUUUUUCAUUUUAAGUAAAAAUAUUUACCUUUAUUAUUUACCUAUAUGAAUAUCUAUUACAAUUGUCUAAAGAAAAUGGCAAAACAGGGAUUUUUAGUCAACAACAAAUAGCGUUGGUUUACAUUCCAAUUUUGGUUAAAUUUGACAAAUUUGAAGUAUUUUAAGUAUAGGAUAUAAAUCAUGAAUGAAACCGGGGACGUGUCAAUUUUGGAAAAAUUCCAAGAGCCUAAAAAACGUUUUUGGCUGAGAUCCAGAAAGCGUCCGAAAAGCGAUGCUAUCAGUAUUAGUUCAAUGGACAUUUCCAUCGAUUCCGUGUGUGGAAAGAAGAAGCGACGAAGAAUUACUGAAGUUGCCAGUAAUAUAUUUUUCUCACUGCCGUCAGUUUCCGGAUCGGAAAAAAAGCGUAAAAGAGCAAGUAAUAAUCAAUUAGAUGCUUCUUUUUUGUCUUUUCCUGGAACUGAUGUGGACACUCACAAUACCACAUUAAAACAAAACGAAUUGGCUGGUAAUGUGGCAAUUCGCAGUUGGAUGGUUGACAUCGCAGUAAGCAAUCUAAAAGAUUUGAGUUCAACCUUAAGUCGCAGGGAAGUAAAGAGACAAGAGGCAAUCUAUGAAUUAUAUUGUGGUGAGAAUGUCCUUUUAAAUGAUCUUUCAGCUCUGAGAGAAUCCUACUACGAUCCCCUUCUCUCUCUCGAUAUUUUUAAUACUUCCGAACUUGACACACUUUUCGGAAAUAUUGACAGUUUCAUUGAAUUGCACAGCGAAUUAAGGGACAAUUUGGUUAAGUUGCGCGAUCAGUCUGGUUUUACUGAUAUCGUUGGACCGACAAUAAUCAAUUGGUUUUUGCAAUUGGAAACUUUGUAUAUUGAAAGAUGCAGAAAGCAAAUUUGGGCCAGACAUUUGCUUGAAUCGAGGAAACUUACAAAUAAACGAUUUCAGGAAUUUAUAAAGAAAAAAUUAGAAACAUCACACGCUGUUGAUUUGUGGACGUAUUUGGAUGUACCAAGAUCACGUGUCGUUAAAUAUCCACUUUUAGUGAAAGAAAUUCUCAAACACACGCCGUCCGGUCAUCCAGAUGAAAUUUCUCUAAAAGAAUCGCGUGAAAUUUUAUUGAAAUUAUUAAAUGAAAUUGAUAAAGCAAUGGGCGAUGCCGAAUGUCAAUUAGCAAAGACGAAAAUUAAUCCAAAGGGUGAAUUCGAUCCGGACAAGUGCGUUGAAAACGCUGCUCAAUUAAUAACCGAGGGACAACUUCGCGAUUCUCGCGGAAUGAAAUAUCAUUGCUUUUUGUUUGACACUUGUUUGGCAAUGACAAGACCCAUAAGACGAUCAGUAAGAAAAUAUAAUAUCUCCUUUCCAAUUGUAACGAGCAAAGAAUUCUGUCAAGACAUUGACUCGACGAGUCAAAAUUCAUCAGGAUUUAAAGUGGGCAAACAUAAUUUAUACGUGGACGAUGAACAUCAAAAGAGACAUUGGAUUGAUGCACUGAAAAGAGUCUUUAGAUUUUCAUUGAAAGAAAUGGAAAUUGCAAUUGAAAAGGAAAAUGCAAAUCACUUUCAAAAAGUUGAUUUAAAAAAGCGAACAAAAGAAAUGGUGAGGGAAAAUAACUUUUCUUUCACGUUAAGAAGAAAUUUACUGAGACCAAAAUUAAAUACCGAUACUUCGUAAUUUUUCAUUUUUUUUUAUAAAUUACUAUCUAGUAUAGAUAAAUUAUUUUUUAUAACUACUUUUAAGGAGUAAGGAAUUCAACUUUUUUAUCUAAAAAGUUUUGUAACUCGUAAAAAGAGACAAUAAAUUGUCAAGAACUUUUUUAACGGACAUUUUUAUAGUAAAAAAAGGUAUGUAUUGAAAAUUACGUUUAAUCUUCCCAUUGUAUAUUAUCCCUAAAAGUCCAGGGACUUUUAAAUAUCUAACUUUGUAUUUAAAAUAAUUUUUCUACUUUAAUAAAAGUAUAUAUUUCACUUUUAA